AUGCUUCGUCGGUUGGGGUUUCCUGCGCGGUGGUGUUUAUGGGUGGAAGGUAUAUUGGCUUCAGCUAGGUCGUCGGUGCUUGUUAAUGGUGCUCCUACUUUUGAGUUCGACUACAAGAAAGGGAUCCGUCAAGGUGACCCUCUAUCGCCAUUCUUGUUUGUAAUAGUGAUGGAGGCAUUGUCUAGCAUAUUCAAAAAAGCAAGCGACAUCAGGGCUUUUGAUAGUAUUCGUCUCCCGAAUGGUGGUCCCGAGGAGUUGGAGGCGCAAAUGAAGAGAUUCUUGUGGGGAGGUAGUGAUGAGGUGAAAAGGUUGCAUUGGGUAGGGUGGGAUAAAGUGGUCGUAGCAAAGAAUAAAGGUGGGUUGGGUUUAAACAGGUUGGAGAACUCUAAUAAAGAAAGUGGAAGGCUCGAAUUUGAAAAAUAUUGUAAGGUGUCGGGUCGACUUUUGAAGGUGGGAGGCGCUAGUAUGUUUGGGUGGAGAUGGAAGCAUGAUCCGACAUCUUUAGAAGAAACUUUAGAAUUGACGGAUUGUUUUAAUAUGCUUAUGGCAGUGAAGCUUUCUGAAAAGAAAGAUUCACGGUUGUGGCAUGGUACCGGUUCAGAGUUUUCUGUGGCAAAUAUUAAAGCUUGGAUUACUUCCACGGAUGUUCCAGUCAUGGCGGCUCAAUUUGAUUGGUGCAAAUGGAUUACUCUUAAAUCUAACGUUUUUAUGUGGAGAGCGUUCCUCGAAAGACUUCCGACUAAAGUUGCUUUGAUCAAGAGAAAUAUUCAAGUGGAGAAUAACAAUUGCAUUUUUUGUGACGACAGCGAUGAGACAGCGGAACAUAUCUUCAUGGUUUCCGGUUUUAUAUGUGUGCAAUUUAAAAGACCUCACGGAGAUAUACAAGAACAUGCGGCUCAAUUCAGUGACAAAGGAAAUGGUUCAAGGUUUGAUGAUUAUAGGAUGUUGGAGGAUAUGGAAGGCCCGGAAUGA